CCGGAAGUGCUGCAGUGUUUGGUACAUGUGAGCAGCAUGGUUCGGGUAAAGUCGAGGUACCUGCUGUGUGAGGUGUGUGUAUCAGAAGGGAAUAAUCUGAGGUUUUUGGAGGAGAAAGCGGUGUAUCAGGCGGUGAGAGGUGCAGUACAGAAGGCACACGGUGAAUACGGAGCCGCUCUCUACAGCAUCGGAUCUUCAGUGACGUAUGUGAACGCCUACACUGGCAUCGUGAUUGUGCGGUUCCGGAAAGCCCACUAUCGUCUCCUGUGGUCAGCACUGCCCUUCAUCACCAGCGUCUGGAGCCAAGGCCAGAAAAUACAGUGCUUCUUCAACUGCAUACACAUUGGAGGGACCAUUAGAACGUGUCAGAAGUUUCUUGUUCGGUAUGGACGACAGCAGCUGUGUCGGAUGCUACCGCUCUGUAAAACCGAAGCUGAAAAACAAGAAGUGAGAAAAGCGGUGUUAAGCUGUUCUCUAAACAAAUUCAGACAGGAGGAUGAAGAGGAGGAAAUGUAAUCGUCCGACUCAUCUGUACAUGUUAUUGUAUUAUAAUUACUUUUUCUUUCACUGUAAAUGAGAAAUAAUUAUUGUAAAGUCAUAAUGUGUUCAUAAAUGUGAAUUUAGAAGUUUUGGUUGUUAAUAAAAUGGCUUUACACCCCA